AUGCUUCUCUUGUUUCGCAGUCUCAGCCUUGCCGCUUCGCAAACAGCAUUGCAGACCAGCCGUGGCGACAGGAUCGAUUCGUGCGGUGCGCCCGUCUUCCCUACGCUCAUUUCACGCUUUUUCACGCUCGGCUGCAGCGAGGUCGAGCUCGCUCACGGUGCUGGGUGAACAUUACACGUCAGACGACUAUACCAACCUGCCUCCUUCAAUUCGAGAAAGGCUUUCCAGCUCGCCUCAGCUUCCAUACAGCGCGUCUCAUCCACUCGCGUUGCUACGCAGAGAGAUUGAAGGUCAUUUGUGCCACCACACCGCCAUUUCAGCUCCGUCUCCGGUCGUCACCUCUGCUCUCAAUUUCGACACCCUGGGCUUCCCUCUUGAUCACCCCGGUAGAAGUCCGACAGACACGUACUACAUCAACAGGAAUAUAUGCUUGCGCACGCAUACAUCCGCGCACGAAGUCGAGGUCUUUUCCCAGGGUCAUGAUCAUUGGCUGCUGACGGCCGACGUGUAUAGAAGGGACGAGAUUGACGCUUCGCAUUACCCCAUCUUUCACCAGAUGGAAGGUGCCUCGAUUUGGCAUCAAGAUGACUUUUUACCAGGCGGUAGAGUGGAGAUGGAAUGCCAAGAUAUGGAGGCACAUCUGCGAGACGCCAAGAUCGAGAUCGAGGACGAGGUAGAUAUCACGGAGGCUGGCGGAUGGCAGGCGGGUCACGCUAGCAGUCAGGAAAGGCUCGUAGCGGCUCAGCUCAGUGCUCGGCACCUCAAAGCCACUUUGAAUGGACUCGUCCUUCGACUCUUUGGACCACGACAUGCAGCAGACGCUGCUGCCGCUGCUCUUGCCGGCGGUGCAAGCACGGAUCAAGCGGCGAAUCGAGCAGCACACGCUGAACCCCUCAAGGUGAGGUGGAUCGCAGCCAGCUUUCCUUUUACGAGUCCCAGCUUUGAGGUCGAGGUGUGGUUCAGAGGCAAAUGGCUUGAGAUUCUGGGCUCCGGUGUCGUCAUGGAGAAGACGCUGAAAGACAGCGGUGAGUUUGAAAGGGCUGUCAGCCGGAUAACGCGUUGGCUCACAGUUGCAGCCUUGAAUUCGCAGGCGUGUCGCACAGGAUCGGCUGGGCAUUCGGUCUGGGACUGGAAAGGAUAGCAAUGGUCCUAUACUCGAUUCCAGACAUUCGUCUGUUCUGGUCCAAGGACCCACGCUUCCUUAAUCAAUUUGCUAUGGACGGCAGCAAAUCUCGUGGGCCAACAGCCUCUGACAAUGUUCCGCCUUCCGAGACUGGCGUUAGUGCUGCUGGAGGGCUCGUCACUUUCAAGCCAUACAGCAAGUACCCCCCGGUCCUCAAAGACGUCUCCUUUUGGCUAGCAUCUCAUGAGCCGCACGACAAUGAUGUUUACGAGAUCGUCAGAGAUGUGGCAAAGGAUCUGGUGGAAAGCGUAGAGCUCACAGAUAAAUUCGAGCAUCCAAAGACGAAGAGGAAGAGCUGCUGCUACAGAAUAACUUACAGGAGCAUGGACAGGAGUUUAGAGCAUGAGGUGAUCAAUGCGUUACAUAAAGCGAUAGGCAAGCGGUUGACAGAGGACAUGGGGGUUGAGCUGCGGUGA